AUGUUCGCGUCCACAUCGCCGCCGCCGCCGCCGCCGUCGCCGUCCCCGCCGCCGCGGGCGAUGGACGACGGCGACGACGAUGACGUUCCGCUGCCUGCGGUCGCCGAUGAACCGCCCUCGUCCAAGAACGCGACUGCGGAGAGCAAGCGUGAGCGCGAAUUCCGCAGGUCAGUCUCCCCGCGCCCCGCCACCCGCUGCUGCUGUUCAUUCUUAUUAUCAUUAUCAUUAUCAUUAUCAUUAUUAUCAUUAUUGUUAUUGUUAUUGUUAUUACCACGACGCACAAUCUCCAUCCCGCCGUCAUAUCUUGCGCGUCUCCCCUACUGACGCGCUGCACGAGCCGCAGGUACGCGGAGGUCGUGCUCGGUCUGCACACGGAGGCCAGUGGCCAGGUCGCCGCCUCCUCCGCCGAUGUAUCCCUGACCGCCUUCGCUCAGCUCGUCGCCCUGCGUCUGAAUGCCAAACGAGCUCUGGUCUCGUUGUUCGAUAAACGCUACCAGUACAUCCUCGCAGAAGCCACCCAGACCCUCUCUCUCCAGCAGGACGAGGUUCAUGCUCAAGACGAUGCCCUGCAUUUCGGCAAGUCGGUCCGCAAACGCGAGGACGACUUCAUCAGCGACACGAUCAAAGUCAUCCGGCGCACCAAACGACGGCCCAGUGCCAGCAUUGAUCAUGCUGCCAUCUCUCUGUUGGAUACGGCGAACGAUGAACGGACUUCCUCUCAUCCGCUGGUCACGGGACCUCCCUUUGUACGUGCCUACGCUGGAGUACCCUUACUAAACCACGCUGGAUUUGCAAUCGGCUCGCUGGCCAUCCUCGAUGAUCAACCUCGCGAACGUGAUCUGAGCGAUCCGGAGAUCAAGUUCAUGCAGGAUGUUGCCGCAAGCAUCGUCAGUCACCUGAACAUGAAGCGCGUGCAGGCAUCCUAUGAUCGCGGACUGCGUCUCGUUCAUGGACUCAGUAGGUUCAUUGAGGGCAAGGACUCGCUCGAUGUCAACGACGGGGCAGGCGACGACGAGAAUUCAAAUGCUCUGCAUGGAAGACAGACUCUUCAGACCUCCACGCUACGAGCUUCGCCUCGAACCGAAGCCAUGAACGCUGCUAACAACGCCGAGCGACUGUAUGAUGUCCGUGAGGCCGAGUUUCUUCGGAGGAAAAGGAGUCCGGCUGAAGCGCGAGGUGAGAAGACACCACGUCACGAGAAACAGACCUUGCCGUCAGAGAAACCAUUGUCACGCAAGGCUAGUCAUCAUUUAACAGCGAAUCUCGAGCAGCCGAUGCCGGGCUUAAGUCCGCAAUCGAGUCAGCUUCAACAAGAUGCCAUCUCCAAAGACGUGCCGGAGAUGUUCGAUCGCGCUGCCAAGAUCCUGAAACAGGCAAUGAAGCUGGAGACCGUGUUGUUCCUCGAUGCUACGGCGGGUUCAUUCGGCAGCUUGCGCAGCAGUAACCGGGAAGGAGAUGACAACGUCUCACAUCCCUCUGAUAGCAGUUCGGCCUCGACGGUUCGCGGAGAUACCGACAACGGCUCAUCACCCGGAAGGGGACACUCUCGCAACAAGCCUUGUCGAUAUCUCGCUCGCGUCUAUGACAGCACUGUCAAGUCCGGCGGCGACGAACAUCUUCGCCACGGAAACAUCCCGGAACGGUUCCUCCGCUCGAUUUUGAAACGCUUUGGCCACGGCAAGAUAUACAACUUUGGCGACGAUGGCUUGCUAACAUCAAGUGACCAUUCGGAUGGCAACGAUGGCGUAGAUCUUGGCAGCGAUGUUGCGACCCAGCGUAGGCUGAAUAGUCGGAGGUCAGACUCACUCCGACUACAGAAAAUCUUCCCGGGGGUGAGAUGUGUAGGAGUGAUGCCCAUGUUCGACUCUCUGCGUAGCCGGUACUAUGCAGGCGCGGUAGUGUUGUCGUACGAUCCUCUCCGGCUAUUCUCCUUCAAGGAGGAUGUGAACUACCUCGGCGCCUUCUGCGAUGUGGUUAUGGCAGAAGUCGGGAGGCUGGAUGUACAGGCUGACGUCAAGUCUAAGACGAGCUUCAUCGCAUCCAUUUCCCACGAGCUGCGAUCACCUCUUCAUGGCAUACUCGGUGGUGUGGAAUGCCUGCAGGAUCAGUCAUUCAGUGCUACAGCACGGGAGGAGAUGGUUCAGAUGAUAGACACCUGUGGGCGUUCCUUGUUGGACAUUGUGAACAAUCUGCUGGAUCACUCGCAUGUCAAGUCAGCAGAGAGCGAAAGAAAACACGCCCCGGCCCAUUAUCGACGGCGGAAGCGGAGAACAUCAGGCUCUUCUCAAGCAGUUCACGAUCUGAGCUUGUUAACCGAGGAGGUUCUGAACAGCUCACUGUGGUCCACACCUACACCUACCCAGCGUUCCAAGACACUGCUCCCAGGUUCUCAAGGUCUAGAGAGGAAGCAACUCCCACUCAAGGUUGCUUUCGACAUCGACAUCAGUAACCUUCCCAAUACGGGGUGGUCGUUCUACGUCAAUUCGGGAGCGUGGCGAAGAAUUCUCCAGAACUUGACAUCAAACGCCAUCAAAUACACUGAUGAGGGCGGAUUCCUACAGAUCUCGCUAUCUGUCGGUGAAGAGCGAGAAGAAGCCCAGACCCGCAUUGUAACCCUGCGAUGCACGGAUAGCGGACGUGGAUUCAGCAGGGCCUAUUUGCAGAGUGGCCUCUGGCAGGCCUUCAGUCAAGAGGACAACCACGCAUCUGGCACCGGGCUUGGCUUGAGUCUAGUCCAUGGCUUGGUGCAGGGAAUCGGCGGAACUAUCGACGUGCAGAGCCAGCAAGGGGUUGGAACUACCAUCAAGACGCAAUUGCCUCUGCUCCCAGGAGUCAGCCCCGGCGCCGACAUGCAUGCCGGAAUGGAUUUGGAGCCAAUCCGCGACAAGAGCUAUCGUUUGAUGGGAUUCGAUGCAUCGGCCGAGCAUUCACCACGAGCGGCAGAAUCAAUGAAGGUCCUUCGAGCAUCUGUCGACACCGUCUGCCGUUCACUCACCAUGACUCAAGCUGAAGUCGGAGAGGAGCCCGACGUCUACGUCGUGACGGAAGAGGCGUUACUGGCAAAGGACCCCGAAACUGUGCGAGCUUCUUCAUCGAAGCCCAGUAUCGUUCUGUGUGAUUCAAUAACGUCGGCACAAGCGGCCUCUUCCUCCAAUAGUGGCUUGACGAAGGCACAGUACGUCUCGCAACCGCUCGGUCCUCGACGACUCCUGAAGGCCCUCGCGGCUUGCCUGGCAGAAGGUACUCAGGAUGGUGGACCUUCAGACGAUGUGGUGGCACAGACGCAGCUGUCACGUUCGAGGACAAAGUCUUUCCCGGCCGAAAGUCCUCGUCCUGCAGAAGAUGCCUCCUCUACCGUGCUAGUAGUAGACGACAACCCCAUCAACCUUCAUCUCCUACAACGCUACAUGACCCGCCUCGGCCGCUCUCAGGUCGGCGCUACCAACGGUCAAGAAGCGCUCGAUACCUACAUAACGUCUCUGGUUCCGAUUGACAUCAUCUUGAUGGAUAUCACGAUGCCUGUGAUGGACGGGUUGGAGUCCACCCGGCGCAUUCGAGCUCACGAGAGGAGCUCGGGGUCGAAGAAGAGGGUCAUGAUUGUGACGUUGACGGCCAUGGCUGGUUCAAGUGCGAGGCAGGAUGCUUACAGUAGCGGGGUCGAUUUAUUUCUCACCAAGCCGGUGCAGUUUGCGGAGAUUCGAGCUUUGUUUGAGGAGUGGGCUGGUGGGAAGGUCAGGAAGGAUGAUGAAGGGGGGGUUGACGGGACCGGGAGUGGAAAGAGACCAAGCUCGAGGAGGGGAUGUACCACUUGA